AUGGAAACCAAACUCCACCCGGCCGUCACGGUCUCCAAUAUCAAAACCUCCAUCCCCGUCAUACUUGAGAUGGAAACCGGCCACUGGUCUACAUGGUCGGAACUAUUUAAACUCCAUUGCAAGGCCUUCCAAGUCUUUGAUCAUCUCCUACCCCGCCCACCACCUGCCGCCAACCCAUCCACCGACAAAGACAACGAUAAAACAACCGAAACAUCCACUGUCAACGAAGUCUGGGAGCGCCUGGAUUCCAUUGUCCUUCAAUGGAUUUAUGGAACCAUCUCUCAGGAUCUCGUUCACACUAUCAUCAAACCUGGUACUACCGCACACCAAGCAUGGACUACCCUCGAGAACUUGUUCCAAGAUAACAAGAGUUCCCGUGCUCUCCACCUUCGCCAUCGGUUAAAUACUACCCGUCUCGAGAACUUUGCUAAUGUUUCUGCAUAUUGUCAAGAAUUAAAGGUGAUAUCCGACCAGUUAGCCAGCAUGGGCCACCCCGUUGACAAUGAUGCUCUCGUUCUACAACUCAUUGACGGCCUCACCGAACAGUAUGAAGGCAUCAGGACCGUGCUCCAUGGUCAAGACCCACUGCCGCCAUUCGCCAUUGCCCGCUCUAAACUCUGCAUUGUUGAAUCGCACAAACAGGAACAAGCUCUUCACGCUGCCAAAGCCGCGGGUACGGCUCUCCAGACCUCCACCCGCCCAGCCCCUUCAUCCCCAGCCGCGGACUCCUCUUCUUCUUCAGACUGUGGUCGCGGUCGUGGUUGGUCCCGUGGUCGAGGUCGCGGAAGGCACGGUUCUGGCAGAGGACGAUCUCCUUACGGUUGGCCUAGCCCAUACCCGCCCUACAACUAUUAG